AUGGAGCCGUCGCAUGGGCCGAAUCCAGAACUCUACAGAGUAACCGAUCUUCAUGUUGAUCUCAUCGAGAAAUACAAGCAAUCCAAGGGACUGGGAGAAAAGAAAAAUAAAGUUUACGCUGCGUUCAAGACACUCUAUGAGCUCUUAGAAAGAUCUCCCUACGAGACACAAACAGGCCUUCUUCACGAUUUAGCCAUCAUGGUGGACCUCCUAUGUCUGGAGUCUGGCCUUCUUUCUGUCCGCAGCUCGUGCGAGCUAUUCAAGGCCUUUGUUGUUCGAAAGAUGGGAGAAGUGACGUCUCAAAAUACAUUACAAAAAGUCAAGCAAGAAAUUCUGGCAGGUAGCCAAGCCGUCCUCCACAAUCUUGAAAUGGCACACGACAGAAUUGCCGUCAAUGCAUUUCCAUACAUAGUUGAUGGAAGCACUAUUGGUAUUUUCGGAGAGUCCUCAUGUGUACUUUCAGUUCUGAAGUACGCUAGCACACGUAGGCGAAAUUUGUCCGUUAUUAUUAUUGCAACUUUCACAAUGCGAGCAGAGGACGCUACGUUUCUAGAGCUGGCUCGGGUUCUCUCUAGUCAUAACGUUAACGUUAUGAUUAUGUCCGAGGGCGCCCUUAUUUCACGCAUUCAUAGUGUUUCUUUCUUCUUGCUCGGAGCAGAUAUGCUGAGCAAGAAUGGAGGAUUGGUUAACAACAUAGGGACCAAGAACAUAGCAAUCGUGGCAAAGUCGUAUCGAAAGCCCAUAUACGUGGCCACAGAGACCGUUAAGUUCAGCAACAUAUACAUGCUGACAAACGAUGACAUCCCCAAGACCGGUAGCAGGGCUCGGUACAGCAUUGGUAAUGAGUCUAAGCUGGUAGUUUCCCGUAUGGGUAUAGCUUUCGAUGACUCCACACACGAUCUCACAGAACCGGAGAAUAUUUCUCUUAUCUUUACCGAUGAAGGCGUACACACUCCUGAGUCUAUGGCUGGGAGCAUUAUCAGAGCGCUCUACUCGUAA